AUCAACUACGCCCUGUUGGUGGACUUGCUGGCGGUCAUCAUUGAGCGGCAGCGCCGGGAGGGGGCGGGGGCGUUUCUGUCGGACUGGCCGCAGGCCUUUUCCUCGGGUCGUGGUGACGUCAGCGGUGGGGGAGCCAUCCUGGUGUUUUUACCGGGAGCUCCGGAGAUCGGCAGGUUGCAGCGCCUGUUGUUGGAGUCCGGCAAGGUGCUAUCCGCCGCGGGGGGAAGGGGGGGGCUGCGGGUACUGCCCCUGCACGGCUCCAUGUCAUCAGCCGAACAGUCCCGGGUGUUCGCCAGGCCCCCCUCUGGUUGCACCAAGGUGGUGUUGUGUACGAAUGUAGCGGAGACCUCCAUCACCAUUGAUGACGUGACGGUGGUGGUGGAUGUGGGCCGGGUCAAGGAAAUGAGCCACGACCCGGAAAGGGGCAUCAGCAGGCUGCAGGAAGGCUGGGUCAGCAAGGCGGCUGCGCAGCAGCGGAGGGGCCGAGCGGGCCGAGUGAGGCCGGGCAGCUGUUUCCGCCUCUUCAGCAGCCAGCAGUGGACCCACAACAUGCCCAACCACACGCAGCCGGAAAUGAUCAGGUCGCCCUUGGAGAGCGUGUGCAUGCUUGUAAAGGGAAUGACGACCGCCAGUGCGGUGGCGGCGGCGGCGGCGGCGCUCCUAAGGACCAUCGGCGCGUUUGACGGCGACGAGGCGUUGACAUCACUGGGUCGGCACCUGAAUAAGAUGCCCAUGGACCCACGGGUCGGAAAGGCGCUGGUGUACGGCUGCAUGUUGGGCUGUUUGGAUCCAGUCUUGACGGUCACGGCGGCCAUGGCGCAUGGGCGGCCCGUGUUCCUAAACUUGCAGAACUCCUCAGACGGUGAGGUGGCCUCCCGGCGGCGGCAGCUGCUGCGGCCCGUGGCGGGCUCCAAGAGCGACCACCUGGCGCUGGUGGCGGCGUACAAUGCGUGGUGCAAGGCGGUGGAUAAGGGCGGUCGCUCCGCGGGCUCGUCUUUGUGUGAGGAGUGCGGUCUCUCGGAGUCCUCCUUGGAGUCCAUUCAGGCGGGGAGGGCGGAAUACGCCCGAGUGCUGGAGGAGCUGGGAUUCCUAGCAGAAGCAGAAGCAACAGGAGGAGGAGGUGGUGGAAACGACCCGCGGGUCGGUGUGAGUGCGGCGGCGUGCCGUGGGCCGAGCUGCAGUCUGCCGGGCAGCGCCUGGUUGGCCGCGCCCGUCAACCGUAACGCCGACAACGCGCGCUUCCUCAAAGCGGCGCUGUGUGCCGGGUUUUACCCGGCUGUACUGCGAGUGCAGCACCCGCCUACAAAGUACAAGGAGGUCCACGGCGGUACUGAGGAGGCGGAGGCGGACCCCAAGGACGUCAAGUUCUUUGACCGAGAGCGAGGUCGUGUGUUCAUCCACCCGAGCUCGCAGCUGUUCACUGUGGGCAAGUUUGAAAGUGGCUGGCUGGUGGCGACCCAGAUGACAGAGACCAGCAAGUUAUUCGUGCGGGAGGCCUCCAUGGUACCCGUGUACGCGCUGCUGCUGUUCGGGGGAGAGAUCAAUGUGGACCAUGGCGGGGCCAGGUUGUGGGUAGACGGAUGGGCCGAGUUCAAGGCGGCAGCCCAGGUAGGUGUCAUGGUACGGCAGUUGCGCGGCGAGAUGGACAGACUGCUGGGUGCCAAGAUCAACGACCCGGAGCUAAGGUUGGGCAGCGACCCCAUCGUGGCGGCGGUCGAGCAGCUGCUGUCCACGGAUGGCUUCUAA